GGAGCCUGGCGCUGACAGGGCUCUGCGGGCCGCGCCCACCGGUCGCCAUGGAGCUUCCCCCAGGGCCGUUCGACAAUCCCCGCGCUUGGGACGAUGACUCGGAGCCGGAGCCGGAGCCGGAGCCGGAGCCCGACCCCGACGCCCAGGCCGAGGCCUACGUGGCCCGCGUACUCAGCCCGCCGAAACCCGGGCUGGCUGCCCCGCGCGCCCCGCUGCUGUCCACGCCCUCCGCGUCUCCCGGGGCCCUGGAGCCAAAGGCGGCGUCCAAGAGCCCGACUGCGGGUACGCCGGGCCUGCUGAGCCUUCCCCCGGAGCUGCUGCUCGAGAUCUGCGCCUACCUGGAUGCGCGCCUGGUGCUCUUUGUCCUGCCGCGCGUGUGCCACACGCUGCGCGACCUCGUGCGUGACCAUGUCACCUGGAGGCUACGCGCGCAGCGCCGCGUACGCGCGCCCUACCCGGUGGUAGAAGAGGAGGACUUUGACUGGCCGGCAGCCUGCAUUGAGCUGGAGCAGCACCUGGCCCACUGGGCAGAGGAUGGGCGCCGGGCUGAAUACUUCUGCUUGGCUGAUGGGCACUUUGCUUCCAUUGACACUGUGCUGCUGCUCCAGGGUGGGACACUCUGUCUGUCGGGUUCCCGAGAUCGCAAUGUCAACCUGUGGGACCUGCGGCAGCUGGGGGCAGAACCCAGUCAAGUUCUGGUCAAGGCCUUGGGCACUCAGCAGAAUAGCACCCACAAGGGCUGGGUGUGGUCACUGGCCUCUCAGGACCACCGCGUGUGCUCCGGCUCCUGGGACAGCACUGUGAAGCUGUGGGACAUGGCAGCUGAUGGGCAGCAGUUCGGCGAGAUAAAGGGCAGGGCAGCAGUGCUGUGCCUUUCCUACCGGCCUGACGUCCUGGUGGCUGGUACCUACGACAAGAAGGUGACCAUCUACGACCCCAGAGCUGGCCCUGCCCAGCUGCAGAGCCGGCGGCUACACUCCAGCGCCGUCCUGGCGCUCGUGGCCGACGACAGACACAUCGUCUCCAGCAGCGAGGACCACACCCUCGUGGUGUUUGACCGCCGGGCCAACAGUGUCCUCCAGCGGCUGCAGCUGGACUCCUACCUGCUCUGCAUGUCCUACCAGGAGCCCCAGCUCUGGACGGGGGACAACGGGGGCCUGCUGCACGUCUUCGCCAGCUGUGACGGCUGCUUCCAGCUUGUCCGGUCCUUCGACGUGGGCCACAGGUCUCAGAUCACGGGGAUCAAACACUCGCUGGGAGCCUUGUAUACCACAUCCACCGACAAGACCUUCCGGGUGCACGUGCCCACAGACCCACCAAGGACCAUUUGUACCCGAAACCACCACAAUGUACUAAAUGGGAUCUGCGCUGAGGGCGACGUGGUGGUGGCCGCCUCGGGGGGCCUGUCGUUGGAGGUCUGGAGGUUUCAGGCCUGAGCAAGUGGACGCCAUGUGUGUUGUGUACUGCCAGCCGAAGGCUGAGCCCCGGCCUCUGUUCUUGGGGGACCUUGCCCCCAUUGGUGCUGACUCUGCCCCUGCUCCUCAGGCCCGGGAUACACAGAGUCCCAGCCCCAGCCAGGGCUGGGCCCCUUGUCUGGAGAAGUGAUGUUGUGUUCUGGCCCGCCAAGGGGGCUGCUCCCCCCUCAGGUCUGGUUUGGGCAUGAUCUGGA